GAUGAUAUACCUUUUAUUUAAGGUAAUGCCAUUCGAGUAGAGUUCGUAUUGAGGAUCGAACGCCCAAAAAAUGUCCGGGGAUCCUACUAGCGAGACUGUGAAUUCUCAGCCGGAUUCCAAGAUGGAAAGUUCCGGGGAGAGAAAAUUCAGCACGGUUGAGAAAAGGCUGGACCUUGACGAUAUAUUAACAAACGAGCUCGGUCAGUUCGGAUGCUUCCAAUUGAGAAAUAUUCUUCUGGUAGCUGUACCUAUUGCAAUGUCAGCGUUUAUGAGUGAAUUCAUCUUUUCGGCUGCCGCUAUACCGCACAGAUGUCGUAUUCCGGAAUGUGGUGAAGAUGGUAAACUUCACGAGAUUGAACCCGAGUGGAUAGGAAAAGCAAUUCCAGAAGCUAAUUCUGGAUAUUCACGCUGUGAAAGAUAUGCACCAACCAAUAUCGGCAUCAACGGCUCUUUAGACUACUGCCCAGCGAACCUUUUCGAUACUGCAGAAACGAUAAGCUGCGAUGGCUUUGUUUACGCAAGAGAUAAUUCAGUAGUGUAUGAGUUUGAUCUCGGGUGUCAAGACUUUUUACGAGCAUUUGCUGGUACAUUGAACAGUAUAGGAACACUUCUGGUUCUGCCGAUAACCGGUUUCUUCUCUGAUCGUUUUGGACGAAGAUGGGCCCUCGUUAUUAGCGUAUUUAACCUUGCUCUUAUUGGUCUUAUACGAGCGUUUUCUGUAAAUUAUCCAAUGUACCUUGCCCUGCAAAUUCUACAAACAACUCUCGGCGCUGGUACUUUCAGUUCCGCGUACAUUUUUGCUGCUGAGCUCGUUGGACCUAAAUAUCGGGUGAUGACUAGUGCUUUCUCGUCUUCAAUGUUUUCUGUAGGCCAAGUAAUAUUGGGUGGUGUAGCUUGGCUAGUACAGCCUUGGAGGUACAUGAUCAUGGCCCUUCACAUCCCUUGCUUCUUAAUCAUCUCUUACUACUGGUUACUGCCUGAGAGCAUCCGCUGGUUACUUUCGAAAAAUAAGAAUGAAGAAGCACGAAAAGUAUUGGAAAAUGUGGCGAGAGUAAAUAAAAAGUCUAUAAGCGAAAAAUCAAUACAAGCUUUAAUGUUCACUCCAGAGGGGACUGACAAUAAUACAAACGCUGAUAAACCUGGUCUAAUCAAACAAAUCAUAAGUUCUCCUGUUCUACUGAGACGAGUCUGCACAACUCCUAUUUGGUGGAUCACAACGACAUUCGUCUACUACGGACUGUCUAUCAAUUCCACCGGAUUAUCCGACUCAAUAUAUUUGCAAUAUAUACUUACAUGUGCCAUCGAAAUCCCCGGGUACUUUACCGCAGUGUUGGUGUUGGACAGGAUUGGAAGAAAAAUAACUCUCUCCAGCGGUUUCUUCUUCAGUGCAGCCUGUAACAUCGCUUUCGUUUUUAUACCAAGUGAUUUAUCCGUUCUCCGGCUAAUUAUUUUCCUUUUGGGUAAAUUUGGAAUCUCGGUGGUGAUGACGUCACUAUAUCUGUUCACAUCUGAGCUCUACCCCACGGAAUACCGCCACAGUCUCCUGGCCUUUUCAUCCAUGGUCGGCCGUCUUGGAUCUAUAACGGCUCCACUGACACCCGUUUUGGUGAACUACUGGCACGGUAUACCGUCCAUGAUGUUUGGGGCUAUGGGUAUACUGGCUGGACUCCUGGUACUCACACAACCUGAAACACUUGGCACCACAAUGCCCGAUACGUUGGCUGAAGCUGAAGCCAUCGGCAGGAAACCAACUGUAUAAAUUCUAACAAACUAUACUCUCUACUUCAUCUCUCAUUAAGUUAAAUACAUUAUUAAUAUUAAGAAUUAUACACAAUUGUUAUAUGAAAUUAUAGUAUAAGUUAUAUACAUUAAUAAAAUUGUUCUAACAAA